CAUGUUCCACUGCAUCCCGCUGUGGCGGUGCAACCGUCAUGUGGAGGCCAUCGACAAGCGGCACUGCUCGCUGGCCGCCGUGCCCGACGACAUCUACCGCUACAGCCGCAGUCUGGAGGAGCUGCUGCUGGACGCCAACCAGCUCCGCGAGCUGCCCAAGCCUUUUUUCCAACUUGUAAAACUACGGAAACUUGGACUUAGUGAUAAUGAAAUUCAGCGGCUCCCUCCAGAAAUAGCAAACUUCAUGCAGCUGGUGGAACUUGAUUUGUCUCGAAAUGAUAUUCCUGAAAUUCCAGAAAGCAUCUCAUUUUGUAAAGCACUACAGGUAGCAGACUUCAGUGGAAAUCCACUGACCAGAUUGCCUGAAAGCUUUCCUGAAUUACAGAAUCUAACGUGUCUUUCUGUAAACGACAUCUCUCUGCAGGCACUACCUGAAAACAUUGGGAACCUUUAUAAUCUGGCUUCACUGGAACUCAGAGAAAAUUUGCUGACAUAUUUACCUGAAUCUCUUACCCAGCUACAGAGACUAGAAGAACUUGAUUUAGGAAACAAUGAGCUCUUUCACUUACCAGAAACCAUUGGUGCACUUUUCAAUCUUAAGGAUCUCUGGUUGGAUGGAAACCAGUUAUCUGAAAUACCUCAGGAAAUAGGAAACCUGAAAAACCUGCUAUGUCUGGAUGUCUCUGAAAAUAAAUUGGAAAGACUUCCUGAAGAGAUCAGUGGUCUGACUUCCUUAACAGAUUUGCUUGUUUCUCAGAAUUUACUUGAGGUGCUACCUGAUGGCAUUGGAAAAUUAAAGAAACUAUCCAUCUUGAAGGUUGAUCAGAACAGACUUACUCAGCUGACAGAAGCAAUUGGAGACUGUGAAAGCCUUACUGAACUAGUUUUAACAGAAAACCAACUGCUGACAUUGCCGAAGAGCAUUGGAAAGCUAAAGAAGCUGAAUAAUUUGAAUGCCGACAGAAACAAAUUAACUUCUUUGCCCAAAGAGAUUGGGGGUUGCUACAGUCUUAACGUCUUUUCUGUGCGUGACAACAAAUUAUCUCGAAUUCCCCCUGAAAUUUCACAAGCCAUUGAGCUUCAUGUGCUAGAUGUCGCUGGAAACAGGUUGACACAUCUUCCUCUUUCACUGACUACCUUAAAGCUAAAGGCUUUGUGGUUGUCUGAUAACCAGUCCCAGCCUUUGCUGACGUUCCAGACUGACACAGACCCUGAAACAGGAGAAAAGAUUUUAACGUGUGUAUUGCUUCCCCAAAUACCUUCUGAGCCUGGUUGCCAAGAUAACCUGCCACGAUGUGGUGCUUUGGAGAGCUUAGUCAAUGAAGUAUCAGAUGAAACCUGGAAUGAGCGUGCAGUAAACAGAGUCAGUGCAAUCCGCUUUUUAGAAGAUGAAAAAGAUGAAGAGGAUAAUGAAAUGAGAACACUUCUAAGGCGAGCCACUCCACACCCUGGAGAAUUAAAGAGCAUGAAAAAGACAGUGGAGAAUUUACGGAAUGAUAUGAAUGCUGCUAAAGGACUGGAUUCAAACAAAAACGAGGUCAAUAAUGCCAUUGACAGAGUGACCACUUCUGUGUAGAAUUUCAUCUCCGGGUUUUACCUCCUGUGUCUUCCCCUGCUGUUGAAAUGUUCCUGUUGUCUUCUGGGACCCCAUUCAGCCCCUUUUUGUUUUUAACCAGAACCUGAUCCAUCACCUCUUGUAUCUGAAAGGUGCUGCUCACUGGAAGAAAGUGCCUUAUUUCAGCUAGGCAUUGAACCAAUAAUCUCUGAAUCAAUAUUGUAAUUUUAAUAGUUUUAGGGUUUUCUAAUAAGUAG